AUGUCUGACUUUGACACCCUGCUCGCCGACUACACCAGGAAGGAGAAUCCCAAGGUCCACGGCGUCAUCUGCAAAUGCGUCGACGGAAAAGGGAAUGAAAUAUACAGCAAAGUAGCCGGCUACGACUCGGUCCUGCCCACUGCCUCUCCCCUCCGUGAAGACAUCGUCCUCAAGGUCGCCAGCGCCACGAAGCUCAUUACCAGCAUUGCGCUGCUGCAAUGCAUCGACAAAGGUCUUAUAGGCCUGGACGAGCCGCUCACUAAGGUCUUGCCUGAGUUCUCCGAGAAGCAGAUCCUGACUGAUGCCUCUGGCUCGGACUUUGUCUUUGAGCCCAGCAAAGUCCCAGUCACUGCAAGGCACCUUCUGACGCAUACGUCUGGAUUGGGAUAUCGGUUUACACAUAGACUCCUACGACUAAGAGCCGAAGCCCGCGAUCGUGCUGGCGAGAAGCCAUCUCUGCGCGUCACUGACCGGUACGAAAUGCCGCUCGUCUUUGAGCCAGGGACGGGGUGGCUGUACGGAUGCAGUCUGGACUGGGCUGGGGUUGUGGUGAGCAGACUGCACGGUGGAGUCUCGCUGGAGCAGUACUUUGUAGAGAAUAUCUGGCAGAAGUUGGGUCUCUCUGCCCCAUUCCCAUGCUUCAACAUCGCUCGUCACCCUGAGUAUAAUGCCCGGGCGAUGGGAGGUGCACUGCGAGCACCAGACGGAACACUCCAGCCCCACGAUCGAUGGGCGUUUGACAAUCCAGAGGACCAGGAUGGGGGAAGUGGUCUUUCCUGUACGGCCAAGGACUACGUGGCAGUUCUGGCUGAUCUUGUUUCCGACUCGCCCAGACUGCUCAAGCCGACGACUAUCGAGGAGAUGUUUACGCCACAGCUUGUGCCAAAGUCCCCUAGCGUCCAGAUGAUGCUGGGACUGCGCCCUGCAUGGGAUACUGUUUCAGGCCCGAUCGCGGAGGAUGUUAUCAACCACGGGCUGGGUGGAAUACUAACCGUGGGGGAGGUGGUCGAGAUAGGGCAGCCCAAGGGGAUGCUGGGAUGGGGAGGAGCUUCGAAUAUCGUCUGGUGGGCGAACAGAGACCUGCGCGUUGCUGGCUUCUUUGCAACCCAGCAGGCGCCAUUUGGGAAUCCUACAGUGACCAAGCUUGUGAAUGAGUGGAAGAAGGACUUCUGGGGCCAGUUUGAUAGUAUAGACCAUGCAUAG